ACACCAGCUCCCAUUCACACAUCUAAAGGGAGAUUCCUACUGGCUUCCUACUGUAGGAGAGGAGUGAAGGAGAGAGAGAGAGAAACCCAGACAGUGGAAGGAGAGAGACAGAGAGACUAGGAGGUACAGAGGGAGUUUUUGCUGCUGAAGGAAAAGCAGAGUUACUAUGAAGCAGAAAAUGGGACCGGCUGCCACCUCGCUCGCUCUGCUGUGUUUAUGUUCUCUGGGAGUGUGUGUUCCUAUGGGGACAGGCAGCGCUGCACCAGCACAGGCGUAUGAACCAGAGGUGAAAAGGACAAGAGGCGAUGUUCCCGAUAUUCUACCAGAACCUGAAGCAGAGCCAACCAGCCCAGUGUCGGACUUUGAGAACUCAUACAACUAUGUCUUAUCCAGACUGGCCAGUAUGGACCUAGCCAUCCACAAGCUGAAUGUCGGUCACUACACUCUGGAUGUUAAAGUCAGCCAGUUGAUGGAUCGUCUCUCCAGGAUGGAUGCUAAAGUCGGUGAGCUGGAGGACAGCAUCCAGGAGGUCUACCAACACAGCAAGGACAACCGCAAGGAGAUCGGAAGACUCGAAGGUUGCGAGAAGGGACAACGGAUUGGAUACAAGUGUUACCUGGUGUACAACAGCCUGGAAGAUUAUGCCGGAGCAUCCAGGAAGUGCAUAGAACGUGGAGGACGCAUGGCAAUGCCCCGUGAUCGAAAGGAGCAAGAGGCCCUGGCUGACUACGUAAAGAACUUCUUCCACCCUGGAAACUGGCCGGUCUGGCUGGGAGUCAACGACCUCCGCUCUGAGGGCUUGUACCUCUUUGACGAUGGAACUCGGGUCACGUACUUCCAGUGGCGUAAGCACUUCCUGUCCAGCCAGCCAGAUGGAGGGAGGCGGGAGAACUGCGUGGCGAUGUCGUCAGAUGAUGGCGACUGGUGGGACCACUACUGCGAUCGAACCAUGAACUAUAUGUGCGAAUUUGAUGACAGGGUGGCUCUUUAA